CAUACAGACUCUCAAAGAGAUCGUAUCCUUGCUUGGUGCUACCGCAAGCUUUCCACCUUAGUUGUCUGUCACCCUGAAUAGCUUUAAAUAUCUUAGCAGGAACUGCAAUAUAUAUGUUAGUCACUUCGGCAUUGGAAGUUUAGGACUGGUAUCAGACGUAGAAGUGUUUUAAUUGACACCCCUGGUUGCCUGAGCCGUUGCAGAAGCCGAGGGACGGAAGACUGCUCAAUUUAAUUCGCAAAAAUGAUGAUUAAUCUUGUUGAACCUCAAAAGGAAGAACAAGUGGAGUACGACUGGGAACAGUUUUCCAAGACACCAGGACUGAAGGAUUUUGGUCCUAAUUCUGGCGUCAAAGCGUUGGAUGGAGGAACUAUUAACUACAUCUAUCGGAUAACCAGUGACAAGAAUCCCGAUCGCACCGUGAUUGUAAAACAUGGCGACAGUCAUGUCAAGGAGUUCCCCGUAUUCGCUUUACCUAAGUUGAGAACGAGAGUGGAAUUCUGGGUUAUGAAGAAGAUGGCGGAGCUUGUUCCUGGAUCUGUGCCGAUAGCUUAUCUGUAUCAUCCAACACACAACUACAUUGUCAUGGAAGAUCUAGGUGGCUAUGCUAUUCUGCGAGAUAAGCUCAAUAACGCAGACCUGGAUUUAUCGAUACUGAAGCAAUUAGCCGUAUUCAUCGGGAAAUUACACCGUGCAACCCACAAAGCUACAAUAAACCCAGCAGAACAUCAAGAGAUGGUCACCUUUUGCGAGCCAAGCAAUAUGCAGGGUCUAGGAACGAGACACGUCUUUAUAGAUCCCGUCGAGAGGAUGGGUGAUGGGAAAUACGUGAAGGAAGUGAAGGACUUCCUCCAAGACCCCAUACUCGGCAGAAACUGGGAGAAACUCAAGUCCAUGUGCCUGACAAAGCAUGAUUGCUUGGUGCACGGGGAUUUCCACACAAGUUCUGUCAUGGUCAAAGACUCUACCGUCAAGAUUUUUGACUUGGAGUUUGCCCACAUGGGCCCAGCUGGGAACGACUUUGGCCACAUGUUGGCCAAUAUUUUCAAAGUGUACCUGGACCACAAGCUUUAUCCUCUGAGCGAGGGCUCCACAUAUUACGUGCGACUAGGAAAGGCCAUCUGUGAACUGGUCGACGCAUACUUCAAGGAGGCAAGGGAAUACCUGAACGAUGAAGAUUAUGCCACGACGGUAUCCGAAACUGCGGGAUUUGUCGGUGCAAGAAUGAUUCGAAGGGUGUGGGGUUUGCAGGAACUUGGUGAGGAACCCACCCAGCCAGCGACACGGGAGGAACUACUUCGGAUAGCCUAUCGACUCAUCUCUGAAUUCGAGAAAAUCCAAACACUACAACAGCUGAAGGAAUACUUGAUUAAUGGGAAAGAAUAGCUACCCUGUUUGGGUGUACUGAUGCGCGAGAUCAACAUUUCUGGUGCAAAAAAAAUACACUGCAGAAACGGUGUGUUAAAGUAAAACAAAUUAAAGGGCACUAUUAAAUGCUACUGUCUAAUUUGUUUUUACCUCACUAUCUAUAACAUUCAAUACUUAUCGGCACUGGUGUUAAUCUAGCACUAAAGUUUGUGUAGUAUACCAGUGUGACGAGGAAAUAUGACAUUGUUUGAAGAUGGCAACACGACUAGAGUUGAAACCUUAUAUUUGGUUCGUUCAACUGACGUUUAACACACAUUACACUAAAGCAUUCACCCGAACAAGACCGACCCACGUAAACUGUAAUCAUAUAACACAACACUGAGUUUCAAUAAGUGUCACCUCUAAAAUCAUUUCAAUCUAAACGAAUAAUCAGACAAUUGUAACAAUUUUUUGUGUGAAGGUCUUCUUGUCUGAUUCCAAAGAGGCCCGAUAAACGGAUAGAAAAUUAUUCAACAAUAUAAAAGUAUUUUCCAAUGUUCUCAGCUUGAAAACACGCGUGCAAGAACUUCAACCGUUAAUACUCUGUGCGUCUUUUGUCGUAUAAAUGAUGUUUAAAAGUUUUAAAAAUUUGCGUUGAGAUUUCUUUUGUAUCAUUAAUCUGUAAUACAACUAAUCAAAGACACAUAUAUACAUUUCCGCUUACUAUAUUUUGUGCUUGCUAUUUUGCAACAGCAAUUGAAGAAUAACAAUAAAAUGUAAAUUUACAAUAUUGAAUGAUUGUGGACUAAUAUUAGGUUAGUUGGCUUUAGCGUUUUAGUUUAGUGAGCCCAUAUUGGUUAAAACUUCCCUGUAACAAACCCAUUAGUGGUUCUCAGCUAUUCUGUUUCAUUUCAUUGAACCUGCGAAACUCCAUGUAUAGUUUAGACAAGAAAAUCGUUGGAAACAAUCGGCAUCUGUGUAUUUAUAAAUCAAAGAAAGUUUUGCUAUGCUUUAGUUUAAUUGGAAAAAUAGGAAGUAGCGCUGUAAUUUUUAUGACUGAAAAUCCUGUAUAACAAAACAUACUUAAGUGAUGAUGUCACAUAGUUCAGAUAGCAAAGUAAAGGAAUCUUUAAUUAUAUAUAUAACGGUUUCGCCCGUACCCAACGUAUAUUAAUAAGCACUGUAUUC